AAUUGCCCAGCACACAUUGUUUUGUUGUUGUGGUGAGCGGUUGGUUAACUUGUAUGCAAGUCCGCAAGUCCGCAAGUCCGCAAGUUCGCAAGUUCGCAAGUUGGCUUUUGUAACGUUGAUGACGGCGGUGAAAAGCAACGUUUGGCUUAAAAUUUUUCGCAUUAAAGUUUUGUAACGUAUUUGAGCGGAAAGUCGCGCUUGAAAGCAAAGAAAGCGUCCAAAAAAUAAUUGCAAUACGCAUAAAUUAAGAAAAAGAUCAACCAUUUAAUUCAAAACUGUGUUUUGUGCGUGUGUGUGUUCAACGUAAAAAGAACAACACUUUGUUGUUGUGUGCUGCACAAAGCUGCAGUGUUUAUUGGUAGAGUGUGCGAUUUUUAUUGCGAGAGCUCGGGAAAUUUGUGUAAAUCGAUUCAUAUAGGAGAAAAUUGUAGAGAAAGGAUUUUAAGUAAAAGAAUACAAAUCGUGAAAUUCUUUCUCUGAAAAAGAAGCAAGUGAAAAAUAUAAAUAAAUACAACUAUAUUUUGUGCAAAUUGGAAAAAUUAUAAAACAAAAAGUUAUGGUUGAAGUGAUAUAGCGAAGUAAAAGAAACACAAAUUGCGUGUUGCUUAUGUUGUUGCUACAAUUGCGACGCAUCGUGUUGUUUUCGCUGCCAACAACUUUUAAUUCUCUACACUAAAUGAAAAAUCGCCUUUUGGUUGGUAAAUAUCUGAAGAGGUUAAUAGCAGCGUGAUAAAAAUACGAAAAUAGAAAAAUAAAACGAAAAUUUGAAAACGCACAUUUGCUGAAAUUUUCCUUUGGCGGUACAAUAGCAGCGAUAAUGUCGACAACUUCGUCUAUUGAUACACCCACAUCUCCGAGCGCGCCAUUGCCAUCCCAUCAAUCAUACCAUAACCAACACCACCACCGGCAUCAACAUCAACCUCAACAACAUCAAUAUCAACAACAUCAACAUCAGCAUCAACACCAUCCGCACCAGCAUACGACCACAGCAAUUGUUGUCAGCGCUGGCCCUGGCUCUGGCUCCGGCUCCGGCUCCGGCCAUCAUCACACCAAUUCGGCCAAUAAUUUCACUCACUUUAGCCGUCAUCGCACCCACUCGUCCUCAUCUUCAUCGAAUAAUUCUUUUAGCGGCGUCACUGGCGGUGUUACCUCCAUGAAGUCUGGCACAGCAGUAGGUAACACCAAUAAUGCCAACGGUAACGGCAAUGGCAACGGCAACGGUAAUAACUAUAAACCAAAUAACAGCAAUGACGGCAGUAGCUCCAGUGGUAACGGCUGUGGCGGUGGCAAUGCGGGCAACAUGGUACACAAUCAGUCGACACACUCACUACUGACCCCGUCAUCGUCGACAUCCUCGUCACCUUCAGUAUCGGCCUCGGCCUCCACUUCGGCUGCUGUGCAUCACUCACAUCCGUACCAACAACAACAACAACAUCCCUCGUUGCAGCAGCAGCAGCAACAACAACAACAAUAUACUUCGUAUUCACAACGCGGCGGCGUUGCAAGGCCAUCAACGUCAUUCUCGACCCCUGACGGCACUGUAACCGCUGUGGCCGUCACGACCAUCUCCACGAACACACCGAACAGCAUGAAGCGCCAUCACACCGACGUAUCGGUGUGCUCGUCCGGUUCAUCGUCGUCUUGCUGCUCUAGCACCGGUUCGGUUUCGGCAGUCGGCGUUAUGGGCGCCGCUGGCUCUACAGUGAAUGCUGCCAUCGUAACUACACCAUCUGUGGUAAGCAGCAAUGGCGGUGCGGUGAUUACGCAGAAAUUGAGCAGGACAAUUCCAUCAGAUAAGAUAAAUUUACGUUUAAUACUCGUUAGUGGCAAAACAAAAGAAUUCCUAUUUAAUCCAUCAGAUUCUGCUGGUGAUAUCGCACAAACAGUAUUCGAUAAUUGGCCUGAAGAUUGGGAGCGUGAAGCCGUCUCCAAGGCCGAAAUAUUACGUCUCAUAUAUCAAGGUAGAUUUCUACAUUGCAAUGUAACUUUAGGCGCACUGGGACUUCCGCUGGGCAAAACGACUGUUAUGCAUUUAGUGCCGCGUGAUAAUUUGCCAGAACCGAAUUCGCAAGAUCAAAGGCAGAAAAGUAAAGGCGGUUCCAGUAGAUGCUGUUCAACGACAUGCUGUAUUUUGUAACUAAAUUAGCUCAUAGUAAAUAAAUUAAUUUAAAUAUAUAUAUAUUAUAAUAAUUAUAAUACAUACAUACAUACAAAAAUUAA